GCGUGUGUGUGUGUAUGAUGAGAGAGUGAGAGUGUGGAAGACAGUCCACUCAGGACGGGCGAAGGAUUCAUGUUUUUUCGGUGAGUGAAUCUAGCGCUUGGAGAGUAAAUACUGUGAAGAUCGUGGAUUGUUUUCGUACAUCGCUUCUCUGUGGAAAAGAAACUUCAAGUCCUGAAAAGUUUAUUCUUAUCUGAUGGAUUCUGCUGGCAGAGGAACCCACCUUAAAUGAAAUGCUGAAAUUCAGAGAGGAUCUCUGCUGUUCUUGAGACACCUCGUUUGCAAACCCACCGCCCUUUUCACUUCAUUACUGCACACAUCCCUAUCUGUCCCACAGCUGAAAACUAUUAAACACUGCUGGAACUUCCUCCUUAGUAUCCCAGUUUCUGUGGAAGCAAGUAGAGGUGGCACAUUCCAGGAAAUCACAGCUGAGACAGAGCGUUUUCAAGUAUGAACAGGGCAUUUAACAGGAAAAAAGAUAAAUCAUGGAUGCACACUCCAGAAGCACUGGCUAAGCAUUUUAUAGCAUACAAUGCCAAGUUUCUGGGGAAUACAGAGGUUGAUCAACCCAAAGGUACAGAAGUUGUGAAAGAUGCAGUGAGAAAGCUCAAGUUUCAGAGACACAUUAAGAAGUCAGAGGGACAGAAGAUCCCAAAAGUGGAAUUACAAAUCUCCAUCUAUGGCGUGAAAAUAUUAGAUCCUAAAUCAAAAGAAGUACAAUACAACUGUCAGUUGCACCGGAUAUCCUUCUGUGCAGAUGAUAAAACGGAUAAAAGGAUAUUCACGUUCAUUUGUAAAGAUUCCAACAAACAUCUCUGCUAUGUGUUUGACAGUGAAAAAUGUGCAGAGGAGAUAACUUUGACCAUUGGCCAAGCAUUUGACUUGGCAUACAAGAAGUUUCUGGAGUCCGGGGGAAAAGACGUAGAGACGAGGAAACAGAUAGGAGGCCUGCAGAAAAAAAUUCAAGAUCUUGAAGCUGAAAAUUCAGAGUUGAAGAAGCAGUUACAAGUCUUAGAAGAGCAACUAAUGAUUGCUCAAGUUCCUCCUGGCAACAGCAUGUCCUCAAAAACCUCCACAGACAUAUUUGACAUGGUUCCAUUUUCUCAAAUGACCCCACUGGUUCCAUUACCAGCAAGUAAUGGCUCAGCCCUUCCACCCCCAGCGAGUUCUACAGAGAUUAGAAGAGACCUGUUUGGUGCAGAGCCAUUUGACCCUUUCACCUGCGGGUCAGCUGAUUUCCCCCCCGACAUCCAGUCCAAGCUGGAUGAGAUGCAGGAGGGGUUCAAAAUGGGACUAACAGUAGAAGGCACUGUCUUUUCCCUUGAUCCACUAGACGGUCGCUGCUGAUUUCAAGAAUAUAUUCUUGUCACAUUCAUGUUAAACCAUUUGUAUUACAGUGCCAAACUCGGGUUUAUAGUCAAGAUGUCAGUCUUAUCUUGUGUUUAUUUUUAUGUAUUUUCAUUUGAAUUUGGUUUACAAAAGGUAUAUUGAAAAAUAAGCAGUAGAUCACUAUUUUUGUAAGAACUAAAAAACUGAAACUGAAAUAGUAAUGAAGUUUUAACACUCUUUGCUUUUACAGGCAAUGAAGGAUGUAGAAAGUAUGUUUAAUUGCACACUAACAAGUUUCACAACUGUUAUCAAACUACACAUACCAACAGCAUUUUUUUUAAAAGUCACACUACAACUCAUAAAAAUGUCUCUAAUGCUAAUGAUAUUUUCUUUUACAUUAUUUUGUAUAUAUAUUUUUAACACUUAAUGCAUUACCAUACGUAAUACAUGGGGUAAACAACUAAAAAAAACAGAUCACAUGGAAAACUAUGAUAUCAUUUUUGUUUAUUGCAAUAGAGUCAUGAAAAUGCAGUAUUUUACAGGAUUGGAAUAUUUCCACACUAACAUGUAUUGCAGUUUAAUUUUAUUGUAUCUAUUUUAGCAUCCUCUUGCACAAGGAAGCACUUUGUAAGAGCUUUGUUCAUGUAUUAUUGUUGUCACUAUGUAUGCAUUAUUUUAGCCUUAGCUGUUGUAGUCAUUAAAAGGAAACGGUACAAAUCUCUGUGUGAUUUGUUUUAUAAUAUGCCUUUCUUAAACCUUUAACUUAAUUAAAUAAGAGACAUCAGUGGAUGGCUCUUCCUCUGUCUUGGCUGGAGAGGGUCGCUUUGAUAAAAAUGAAUGUCCUGCCCCGCUUAUUGUAUCCAAUGCAAAUGAUUCCUGUUUUAUUGUCUAAGAAGGUCAUAAAAGAGCUG